GGGCAGGCGCCGCGGCGCCCUGAGCUAGCGUGGAGCUUCGCCAUCUUGAGGUCAGACAGCGGCGCUUCGAGGCCUCGGGAGCUUCUGCCGGCGUGAGCCGCCAUUAGCGAGCUGCCGCGCUGGGCCGUGAGCGAGGGGUGACAGCGGUAGUGCUGGCUGGAACCGCGGGCGCGGCUGUGAAGGAACGCGUGCUUUGGGUGCGCUACAGUGUAGCCAAUGCUAGGGGCCUGUAAAGAAAAGUACUCUUAACGUCAUCUGUAGGCGUAAAGGUUAAAGGAAGGCUGUACCUCACCUGAAAAGAUUUCUAAGAAGCAAAAAGAGCAGGUGCAGGUGCCCUGACCUGCUGUAUCCUCAAUAAAAGUCUCUGUGCUGUAUGGCAUCUUGGCCUGUCUGUGGCCUGCUUCUGGUGGUUUCCCUGGCCUACAUCCGGCAUGCAGACUGCGUUAAAAAACUGUUAAAAUUGUACACCUCCUCCCCAAAUCAUUUCAGAGUGCAACUGCUGGCAGCAGCUGAUUGCAAAUGGAAAGAGCAAGCUGCUGUGAAUGGAAGAGAGGCAGUCUGGAAGAUGAUUACAAAGCGGGCCACAGCAUGAGCCUGAGUGAACAUUUUGGAUUGGCUAGGGAAAAAGUCCUGUUAUUUCCAUACCAUGUGUUCCCACUGCUCAUAUAUAUCGUAUAAAGAAAAGUGCUCAAAGGAUCACGUAAUGACGAGCCAUCCCCUCCACCUGCAUCAGAAGGAAAAACAGCACAGAAACUUGACUUCUUCAAUACCAAGAAGAUGGAAUCUACCCAAAUGAUUUCAUGCCUGCUACUGAGCAGCCAACAACUGAGAUGAAGCAGGUACAUCUCAUUGCUUUGCUUUAAAAGAGUUGAUGUGCAAGGGUAGAGAUCUCAGCUUUAGAAAGUACUUCAAGAUUGAAUGCAUUUCUUUCCCCUUUAAGAGCAGUGUCUUUGCUCUAUUAAGUAUAGCUCAUUCCAUAUGUCCUACAAAUGUUCCUUCAACUAAUACGAAUUUAGUGAAUGCAAUACUGACUGCUAUUUACCUUUUGAAUAAUUUAUAAAUAUUUAUACCUAUGUAGGUAAAAACAGCACUAAUUUUGCAGCUCAGAGGAGAACAAAGGAAAAAAACAUUCUGAGUUUCUGGUUUCUAUGAAGUUGUCUCAGAUUGAAAUUGUUAUCUGCCUGAAAAAUGUGAAAUCCAAAUUCAAGUAGAUAACAGUUUCAAUCUGAGACAAAGACUUUCAUCAUGUAGAUAUUCAUGUAUUGUUAUUUAGCCAGAGAAAGACACCAGUGUGCAUUUACUGAUCCAAAUCAUCAACUUUUGUCUCCAGUACCCUUCCUAAUCAAGGAAGCAUCCAAUAAAAAUAAUUACUUCCAGAUCUCUACUCUUUCUACUCCUGAAUUUUAGCAUUUCCUACUUAAGUCUAUCUGUGUUAUCUUUUUACCUUUCAGUUGUGAAAUUGAGAUGCCAUACUCCAGUUACUGAUCCCAGUUCACUUGAUUCCCUUACUUGCUGCUGACUUCAGAAUAAAAUUCUGAAGUCAGUCAAGAAGGGUCCUCUACAGGGCUUUUAAGAUUUAGGCUGAAAUUAAAACAGGCACUAUAUCUAGUAGGCAGAUAGUUUUGUAUUUCAAGUAUAAGAAAUCAUUCCAAACAUACCAGGCGGUAUCUCAGAGUAAAAAGCUCAGAUUGUUUCUCAACUGGGCAACAUUUUAAAUAUUUUAUGGAUGCACAACUCCAAAAUUACUGGGUAAAAAAGAUCCACAGCAGUGGUGAUGUACUGGUGUAGGAGUACAGGCUUUAUAAAACGGUGACUGGUUAUUGGGAUUUGGGAUCCUUACUGCCCAUCUGUUUAAUGGACAGCCAAAAACCUAACUGUGGCAGGGGAACACAGCUUGGGCCACGUACAGAAAUACUGCAUACACUUCCUAUUCCAGGCAGGGAGUAGUGCUGCAGUUUUUCUAAGGGAGAAGUAGAAAAAAAAAUGGGGGCAGAACAUUUAGGCUUUGUCCAGAAAGUAUGCUAUGUAGAAACUGGGCCUAGGCAUUAAGAUACUGUUAAAAAUGUUGUAAAAAGUUUAUUUGUGCAAUUUUUAUUUUGUAGUAUUGUAAAUAAAUGUAGCCUUUAAAUGUACUUUUAUUAAUACCACAAAACUAAUAAUUAUGUUUUGUUUUCUCUUCCUCAUACCAUCGAAUCUCUGACUAUCACAUUACAAGUCUAAACAUAGACACUUUGAGGAAGAUCCUUUAGAUGCCAAACUCAUUGAUUUGGCUCCCUGGCUCUCCAUAGCGCUACAACAUUUAAGUUUCUUUUUCCUUUGUAUUGAGUAUAUGCACAAUCUUUAAAUUUUUCACUCUGAAGACAUUUGGCUUGCAACAGUUUAUUCCUGCAGACAUCAGUCUAUUUAGUUAAUCUUUUUGAUUAAUCUUUUAUGCAAAAUACUGAUUUUAAAUGUAUCACCAUAACAGUGGGAGGGAGAUUAGGGAAAAUGUGUAUUGUACCAAUCUUAGAAUCAUAUAAUCAUUAAGGUUGGACGAGACCUCCAAGAUCAUCAAGUCCAACCCCAACCCAUCCCCACCAUGCCCACCAACCAUGUCCCUCAGUGCCACACUACACAUUUCUUGAACGCCUCCAGGGACAGUGACUCCACGGCCUCCCUGGGCAGCCCGUUCCUGUCUUCAUCAUCACUGAACCACACAGAAGAGAAACAGGUACACUCUCUGUACGCCUAGUGACACAGGAGGAUGUAGUGAGGUCUUGGCUACCCACUGGUGUUAGAAUUGGAUGUCCUGAUAGAGUUUUGUGAAACGAUGGUAUUUCACCUUACAAAAGGUGCAGUCACUGUCACUGCUACUAACAUGGAUAUCCAGUUAUGUAAUUAACUCCUUCUAGAAAUAAUUUGUAUCCAACCAAACCACUGGACCAAAUAGCAGAACGCUUUUUAGCUGCCUUUCUAUGGAUAUUGAUGUGUCGGCUUGCUGAUAUGAAGCCACAGAUCCUCCUCCAGUGAGCGCCCAUUGGCAUUUCAGCCAGCCAGCCAAGAUCUAUUUGAGAAGAGGAAGCGCUUCUCCUAGUCAGGCCUUCCUUGGCCGCGCACGUAAAGCAAAAUAGAACGUGGGGGCAGCGUCGCCGCCCCUCGGACAAGAUGGCGGGCCGGGCCUCCCGGCACUACAACUCCCAGCAGGAGCCGCGGCGGGGCCUAGCCCCAGACUACAGCUCCCGGCGUGCCCGCCGCCGCUUCCCGUCUCCGCGGGAAGAAAUCCUUGCCCUCAUCUGCCCAGGUGAACCUGGCUGGCUUUGUCCUGUCACUGUAAGCACAUCACCAGGCAAAGGAACAGGUGCCACCAUUUGGGUAUAACAACAAAUGAAACCAACCAGGUGCUUUCAGCUUAGGUGGGAGAAGAACUUCACCUGUGCCUAAGAGGGCUCCCAGGGAGCACAAUCAGGAGGGAAAAUCACUGCUUUAAAGAAAUCUGAAGAUGAGUGCCCACACGCAGACUGCAGAGAAGGGCCAGAACACAGCCCUCCUCUGCCAGGAGAGCUAUGUUUGCAGUGGGACAGAUGAAGCGGUCUUUGAGUGCGAUGAGUGCAGGAGCCUGCAGUGCCAGCGCUGUGAAGAGGAGCUGCACCAGCCGGAAAGGCUGCGGAACCACGAACGGACCCGCAUAAGGCCUGGCCACGUCCCUUACUGUGACUCCUGCAAAGGUGCCAAUGGGAACAUCAUGCACGCCAGUAUGAUGGGGUCAAGACAGAUAGCAGCGGUGAGGUGCCAGGUGUGCAAAAUCAACCUCUGUGUGGAGUGUCAGAAGAGAACGCAUGCUGGGGGGAACAGGAGGAAGCACCCUGUCACCGUGUACCAUGCUGGUAAAGCCCAGGAGCAGGAAGAGGAGGAGAUGGAUGAGGAGACCAGGAGAAAGAAGAUGGCAGAGAAAGUUGUGAGUUUCCUCUUGGUGGAUGAAACUGAGGAGAUUCAGGUAAGGAAUGAGGAAGACUUUAUUAAGAAACUGGACUGUAGUCCUGACCAGCAUCUAAAGGUAGUGUCCAUCUUUGGGAACACAGGGGAUGGCAAGUCUCACACCCUUAACCACGCUUUCUUCUAUGGCCGGGAAGUCUUCAAGACAUCUCCAGCCCAAGAGUCCUGCACUGUCGGAGUCUGGGCAGCCUAUGACCCUGUCCGCAAAGUGGUGGUAAUCGAUACAGAGGGCCUCCUGGGGGCCACCGUGAACCUCAGCCAGAGAACACGGCUGCUGCUGAAGGUCCUGGCCAUCUCUGACCUUGUCAUCUACCGUACUCGUGCUGACAGGCUCCACAAUGAUCUCUUCAAAUUCCUUGGUGAUGCCUCAGAGGCUUAUUUAAAACAUUUCACCAAGGAGCUAAAAGCUACCACAGCCCGGUGUGGCCUAGAUGUUCCUCUGUCAACUUUGGGUCCAGGUGUCAUCAUCUUCCAUGAGACUGUGUACACCAAGCUACUGGGCUCUGAUCAUCCUUCUGAGGUUCCUGAGAAGCUCAUUCAAGAUCGGUUUCGGAAGCUAAGCUGUUUUCCUGAGGCUUUCAGCUCAAUCCAUUACAAGGGAACAAGGACAUACAAUCCUCCAACAGAUUUCUCUGGUCUUAGGCGAGCUGUGGAGCAGCAGCUGGAGAACAAUACAACUCGGUCGCCUAGACAGCCUGGUGUUAUCUACAAAGCAUUAAAGGCUCUAAGUGACCGGUUUAGUGGGGAAAUCCCUGAUGACCAGAUGGCUCACAGCUCUUUCUUUCCAGAUGAAUAUUUCACAUGUUCCUCUGUGUGCCUCAGCUGUGGGUGUGGCUGUAAGAAGAGCAUGAACCACACAAAGGAAGGAGUCCCUCAUGAAUCCAAAAGUCGAUGCAGAUACUCUCACCAGUAUGACAACAGAGUCUAUACUUGCAAGGCCUGUUAUGAACGAGGAAUGGAGGUUAGUGUGGUGCCAAAAACCUCUGCUUCCACUGACUCACCUUGGCUAGGCCUUGCCAAAUAUGCUUGGUCAGGAUAUGUGAUUGAGUGCCCCAACUGCGGAGUGGUGUACCGCAGCCGACAGUACUGGUUUGGUAACCAAGAUCCUGUAAAUACUGUGGUGAGGACAGAAAUUGAACAUGUCUGGCCAGGGACGGAUGGCUUUCUGAAAGACAACAACAAUGCAGCCCAGCGUUUAUUGGAUGGGAUGAAUUUCAUGGCACAAUCAGUAUCUGAACUUAGCCUGGGACCCACAAAAGCUGUGACCUCCUGGUUGACGGACCAGAUUGCCCCAGCUUACUGGAGACCCAACUCUCAGAUCCUGAGUUGUAAUAAGUGCAACACGCCUUUUAAAGAUAAUGACACUAAACAUCACUGCCGGGCCUGUGGAGAGGGCUUCUGUGAUGGCUGUUCUUCCAAGACCCGUCCUGUGCCUGAGCGAGGCUGGGGACCAGCACCAGUGCGCGUGUGUGACAACUGCUAUGAAAACAGGGGCAUCCAGUUAGAUGUGGCUGAGCUACCUUCAGAUGAAGAAGGGGGGACACUUAUUGCCAGGAAGGUUGGGGAAGCUGUGCAGAACACUCUUGGAGCAGUGGUGACAGCCAUGGACAUUCCCUUAGGUCUGGUAAAAGAUGCUGCCCGACCUGCAUACUGGGUACCAGACCACGAAAUCCUGCACUGCCACAACUGCCGGAAGGAAUUCAGCAUCAAGCUCUCCAAACACCACUGUCGGGCCUGUGGCCAGGGAUUCUGUGACGAGUGCUCACAUGACCGCAGAGCGGUUCCUUCUCGUGGAUGGGAUCACCCAGUCCGAGUCUGCUUUAACUGCAAUAAAAAGCCUGGUGACCUUUAACCCCAGGCUCAUCUCCAGAUCUUUGCAAUUCCUUAUGUUCUCAGGGUUACAAAUGAAAAUAUUUGGUCUCCCUUUCACUUCUUAACCUGUUGCAGCCAGAGUGCAUGUUUCCAGUUUCUGGCCUCCUCUCAUGUAUUAUAUCCAUCUUGGAAUGCUGGGAAUGAACUUCAGUUCAGCUGUUAGGUUUUAAUUUCAAAUUAACUGGGGAAGGGAAGGAGCUCCCCUGUAAAUGAGCAAACUAAAAUCCAGUAUAUUUUAUUCCAAUUUAAAUAUAUAUAUAUCUAUAUAUAUGUAUAAUUUAGCAUAUUAAUAAUGCAGUUGGCUAAUGAAGCUUUGAGUAUUCCUAGUUGAAGUGAUGGAUUAUGGUGUUCCUUGCUACACUGAAUCAGGCAUACAGCCUUCUGAUUCCUCUUCUGGAACAUCUUACUGAUCAUGAUGCCAUGUGAGGAAGGUUUGGACUCUGUGCUGCCAGGAAAUCACAGGCAUCUCCAGUGCUGAUUGUAUGAAUUACACCUGGUAAUUCAAGCAGCCCUACAUCUGGAUGUGCCAUGCUCCUGGCCGUUCAUUAGCAAGUUUGUUUGAACUAUGAUAUGAACAGUGGUCUUGCAGUGCAAGAGGUAUUAAGUUGAAAUAACCCUCUGGUAGAGACCAGUAGAGCUUUUAAAGGUAAAGCAAAUCAUAUGGCACAAGUCAAAGCAUUCUGAGUUUGCCAUUUUGACUUCAAUACCAGAUCAAAAGGUAGCAGGGUCUUGCUUUCCCUGACAAUGUUCUCAUAUACUCAGGUUUUUUUUUUUUCAGGUUUGCCAGCUUGUUGCAAUUAAGUUUUGUACAGAGCAGAACAAGAGAACAAGUUAUGUAGGCAAUUCUGAGGUAAGAAGUUUGAGUUGCUUGGGUUGUGAUUUUUCUUUCUUUUUUUUCCCACUUUAGAAAAAGAUCUCUGAGUCUAUGGAACCUCUGUGUUCUCAGACAUGGUUGUAUAGAAACUGCACAGAUUUGACAUACUUUUUUUUUUUUCUAAUAAUAUGACCUUACAAAUCCACCUGGAAAAUGGGAACCUUUCUUCUUUGCUCCUAGCAACUAGCACGCACUGGACUUCAUCCUUUUAUUAAAGGACUGCGUUGAAUUCACUGAUUUUUAUUAUCAAAACCACCACUUAACCUAAUUAAUACUGUCUUGUACUGUGGAUUUGUGGUUCCAGUUAUAAGAAGUAAGAGACCAUUGUGGAUUGAACUGACUAAAAUUCUCUGUUGGCUUACGUAGUCAAGAAUACUUUUACCACAGGAGACUUGUCUCUUCUUGGAGUGGCUGGAGUUUGAUACAAUGUCCUGAAACUAUGGUAUUUUUUCCCCAGCUUAUUAAAUGUGCUCUUGUGUAGUUGAGUGCCCAACACCCUGUUUUAGGCCUGUAUCAUUAAAUUAACUGCUAUAAAAGACUUUAUCUUCUGAACAAGCAUUCUGACUUUUUCCUUGUAACAAGUAGUUCUUGCUUGUCUCUGAGAGAAAGUACAGAGUGAUUGCCCCUUCGCAACUACAUCCAACCUGCGCGUGGAAGUACACUUGGAAGACUUCCAGGACACCUUCUGUACUGACCAAGUUUGCUGGGGACUAUCUAACAUUCUAAUGAGCAAAGCCUGCCAUAAACUGACAGUUGCCCAAGGGAGGGCAUGAGUAGGUAGAAAUCCUCUCCUUAAAACACGUUCUGCACAUCCAGCAUAAUUCUGUGCUUCAAAGUCGUCUUAUUAUUUUAACGGGCAAGCGAUGUUUUCUUGGUUUGUAGGCUGUGCCCUGUGUGCUGUGUAUGCAUGAGCCCUUACUAUCAUGUUAAUGCACAAAGAAAGCAGCCAUGACAUUCCUUGUAUAAAAUUUUUGGCAUCUGUUUCAA